AUGAAUAAGGUAUCCCUUACACAGUUAAAACCACCAAAGUGUUCUCAGUGUAAGAGCGAUUCAGAAUACUACUGCAGGACAUGUAAACAAGAUCUGUGUGUACCAUGUAAGGAGGAACAUGUGAUAGACUUUGAUACAAAACACCACGAUGUAGUGAUUGAUCGCUUAAAGUAUGGAGACAUUAUAUUACUGGAGACUUGUGAGAGACACCCAAGCAUGGUCUGUGAAAUGUGGUGCCUGAUAUGUAAGCUUCCUAUUUGUUCAAACUGUGUAGAGCACACAGGACACAAUAGACAGGAUAUUACAUUGUUGUAUAAAAAUCAGCAGAAACAACAUCAAAAAAGAAUUUUUCAGGUUAAAAGUGAGAUUAUACUUCAGAAUCAUCGUAUCAAGUCAGGUAUUUAUUCUGAUUUCAAAUCCUGUCAAAAUGAAAUCUUUAAACUCCAGAGAAAUAUGAUUCUUAAAGCAAAAAGGCUUAAGGAUCUCAUACAUGUGACAUUGGGAGAUGUCUUAGAGCACACAAGGGUGCAAAUAAAAUGUUACUUCAACUCUAAACAGAAACAACAAAGGAGACAAAUCGGAUCUAUACAAAAACGUGUCUACAUAUCUGAACAUUUAGCAAACAGAGCGAUGCAGUUUCUUUUAUUUUCCAAGAAAUACAGCUUUUACAAAAGAGAUGGCACCUCUAGUACAGCAAUAAUUCAAAUUCACUCUCCGAGCAAGGAAAUCAAUAAAGAUAAUGUUUUCAAGUUUCUUGGGGGAAUUUCUAUCAUAGAGCCUGGAAAAAGACAAGUAAGAAAUGAACAGAUAUUUAAAGUGAUGUCUCCACCAGUGUUACAGAAAUCUUUCAUAGUGAAGCCUUCAGGGAUUCUAAGUAAUGUUAGUCGUCAUAUCUCAUGUAUGACAGCAGACGUUGCUUGGGUCAGCAGUUGGAAUCAUUUAAACUUAACAGGUACCGUGGGUGACAAUUUAAUUUUUCUUAGAGAUAAAUGUAAUAACGAUGGUGUACACACAGUGACUAGAGAAGGCAAUCUUGUAUACAUAGAUAGGGAUUAUAAUAUUAAGAAACUCUCAUCAAACAAUGAAACAAAGUUUACAGCGAUAAGAAUAGCAGAACCUUGGAAACCAUACUGUCUCUACUGCUCUCGCUUAAAUGGAGAUUUUCUUAUUGGGAUGAAGAGAAAGGAUAAAUAUACAGCCAUGGUGGGCCGAUACAAAAGUACAGGGCAAGAACUCCAACAUAACCCUUGUCAGGGACAAUAUAUUAAUCCUAAAUAUAUCACAGAAAACCAAAAUGGAGAUGUGAUUGUUUCGGACUCCAGUAUUGGCUACUUUGGAUCAGGUGUUGUAGUGGUAACAGACUGUAAAGGCACACAUCGCUUCUCCUAUAAAGGGAAUAAACCAGAAUCAAGUUUUGAACCACGUGGAAUUUGUACAGAUGAACUGUUAAAUAUCAUUGUGUGUGACAUAAACACAAAGACAGUACAGAUGAUUGACAAGGAUGGUCAGUUCCUGACAGUGCUACUGACAGAAAAGCAAGGAGUAGAAUAUCCAUACAGCUUAAGCUACGAUCACAGUUCGCAUCUUCUCUGGAUUGGAUCAUUAAGGAACGCUAUUAUUUGUAUAUACAGGCAUUUACAGGAGCGUUAA